ACUAUACCAUACCUGACCACAGAAAGAUGGGUUUCCGGAUAAGAGUACAGGAUAGACCCAUAAAUUUGGCAGGGCGACCUUAGCACACUACCAUUAAUGGCUGACUCCACUCUACACACACCAAAGCAGGCAAGCUUCAAAACCCACAGAGAGAGAACGAUGAAGCUAAAAGUUUAUGUUUAUCGAAUGUCCCAACCGUCUCGUGCAAUUCUCUUAUUCUGCAAGGUAAAUGGAAUUGAUUUUGAGGAGAUCAAAAUAGAUCUUUUCAAGCGUCAACAUUUAACCCCUGAAUUUGCGGAAGUAAAUCCUAUGAGACAAGUUCCGGCUAUAGUCGAUGGCAGAUUUAAGCUAUUUGAGAGUCAUGCAAUACUUAUCUAUCUUGCUUGUGCAUUUCCUGGAGUUGCAGACCAUUGGUAUCCAAAUGAUCUAUUCAGAAGAGCCAAGAUCCACUCAGUAUUGGAUUGGCAUCACUCAAAUUUACGCCAUGGUGCAUCUUCAUUUGUUCUAAAUAUGGUACUAGGACCUUCACUUGGUCUUCCAACUAGUCCACAAGCAGCUGCUGAAGCUGAAAAAUUACUGUCUGCAUCUCUUGCGAAGAUUGAAUCCUUUUGGCUGAAAGGGAAUGGGCGGUUUUUGCUUGGAAGCUUCCAGCCAUCCAUAGCAGAUCUCAGCUUAGUGUGUGAAAUUAUGGAACUAGAGAUUUUGGACGAGAAGGAUUUCAGUCGAAUAUUAGGCCCACACAAGAAAGUUCAGCAGUGGAUCGAGGAUACAAGGAAUGCAACAAGGCCGCAUUUUGAUGAGAUACAUUCAAGCCUCUUCAAAGUCAAAGUGAGAUUUCAAAAGCAGCUGUCUGGGGGAACAAAUGAGCCUGAGUCUAGCAUGAAAAAGGGAUUCCAUUCAAAGAUGUGAGAACAGAUCUCUGGUCUUUUCUGUCCGGGCUCGAUGCCUAUGCGGCAGGGCAAAUGAGGAAGACACAGUCUAGUAUAAACACAACUUUGUUACUUUAUUUUGUUGUGAUCUCUGUAAUAAAUUUCUGGUCUGGUCUAUAAAAUAAACUCUAAGCCAUGUGUACAUCUCUUGUCUAAGCAGAAGGCAUUCCUGUUGAUUGGUAGAAUUGCAACUGUCCGGUCAUUGAAAAGGCUUGGAUAGCUCUUUUUAUUGUUUGUAUUGGUUGAGUUAGGUUUUGUUGGGUCUUGAUCAUCUAAACACAAUCAAAACCCACCUUAGAUUAUGAUUAUUAUUUUAGCUCUCA